CUGCUUUGGUAUUACGCGUCAUCUAGCUCACAUCUUGAACUUGGAGAAGCUGGCGUAGCGGUCCCAGUAGAUGGCGCCGAGCGCGUCGGCGCUCUUCUUGAACGUCGGCCAGCCCUCCUUCGGGCCGUGGAACUCGAUCUUGUCCAGCGACGCGGCGCCCGAAUCGAGCAUCUCGCCGACGGACGGCACGAUGUUGUCGAGGUGGGCCUGGACGGCGGCGGCGUCGACGUAGGCCUCGCGGCAGAAGAGCUUGUCGCCCUGGAUCGUCCAGCCGUAGUACAUGCAGCCCUUCUCGUUCCUCGUGAGGUCGACGCACUUCUUCAUGAACGGUUCCGCCUGCUUCAGGUCCUUGAUGGUAAACGUGGGCUGGAUCGUGAAGAAGUCGGCGGUGGAGGCCUCCUCGGCCGACGUCUGCUUGAAGUUCUGGAACGAGUCCCAGACCGUCCAGGAGCCGAGGCCGAAGCCCUCGAACUCGGGCACCUUCUUCGCGUCGGCGAUGUCGGAUUCCGUGCCCAUCAGGUCGAUGUUGUCGAGCGCGAUGUAGCCCUUCUCGAGGGCCUCCCCGAGCGCGCCGGACUUGGCGACGCACGAGAGGUGGUGGCCCGCGGCCGCGCCGUCGACGUACGUCUCCCGGCAGAAGAGCUUCGAGCCGUCCUCCUUGAUCGUCCAGCCGUAGUAGAGGCAGCCCGCCUCGGCCCUCGUGUCCUCGACGCACUUGUCGAGCAGCGGCUUGGCCUGCGUUGGGGGUGCGCGCGUCCAGCGACUGCGAUAGGGGAACUGCGGGAAUCGAACCCAGCGACCUCGCGCUCCCGAAGCGCGUAUCCUACCACUAGACCAAGCUCCCAUGUGCACAUGGCGGCAUGCGUUGGCGCGCACGCUGCCCCCGGCUUUGCGGACGCUGCCCGUGCGCCUUGGCGAAGUCCUUGAUGGUGAACGUCGGGUAGAUGUUCGCGUGCGUCGUCAUGGUUGCUAGUUCCGGAAGAGCGUGAUGUCUUGGGACCUUGGGUUUGGGUUUUACGGAACUCUCCGCGGCGUACCUCCGGAACUCGCCUGAAGUCCGUGGCAGAGCGCCGCUCUAUGGCGUUCUUGAGGGAUGCUAGGGCUAGCGGCCGGUAUUUACAUUGUAGGAGCCCGUGGUAGACUUUGGUAUUACUUACGCGUCUCGUGGCUUCACAUCGGCAUGUUCCGCGAUGUGACGUCGUGUGCGC